AUGUCUUCUAAAACCCUUCGAGUUGCCGUCAUCCCGGGUGACGGCAUUGGCAUCGAGGUCAUGCCAUGGGGCGUCAAGUGCCUCCAAGCAGCGGCCAAGGUUUUCAAACUCUCUAUAGAAUUUGAACACUUCGACUUUGCAAGCUGCGAAUACUACCAGAAGCACGGAGGUAUGAUGCCAGCCAACUGGAAAGAACGACUCAUCGGCUUUGACGCCAUCUACUUUGGCGCCGUCGGAAUGCCUAGCCUUGUGCCCGAUGACGUGUCACUCUGGGGCAGUCUCCUCAAGUUCAGGCGAGAAUUCGAUCAAUAUGUGAACCUCCGACCAUGUCGUCUGAUGCCCGGGGUCAGGUGCCCUCUCGCCGGCAAGAAGCCCGGCGAUAUUGACUUCUGGAUCGUUCGCGAGAACACAGAAGGUGAAUAUAGCUCGGUCGGCGGAAAGAUGUUUGAGGGAACAGACCGAGAGGUUGUUAUCCAGGAGACAGUCAUGUCGAGGGUCGGGGUUGACCGCAUUCUUCGUUAUGCCUUUGAGCUGGCCAAGAGUCGACCGAGGAAAAGGCUGACAAGCGCAACCAAGAGCAACGGAAUCAGCAUCACCAUGCCAUACUGGGAUGGUAGGGUCAGUGAGAUGCAUAAGAGCUACCCAGAAAUCAACCUGGACAAGUAUCAUAUUGAUAUUCUCACGGCUCACUUUGUUGGGAGGCCGGAAAUCUUCGACGUCAUUGUCGGCAGCAAUCUCUUUGGCGAUAUCCUAUCCGACCUGGGACCAGCUUGCACUGGUACCAUUGCCAUUGCACCCUCAGCCAACAUCAACCCUGAGGGCAAAUUUCCCAGUCUAUUUGAGCCCGUGCAUGGAAGCGCGCCGGACAUUGUAGGCAAGAACUUGGCCAACCCAAUUGGAAUGAUUUGGGCUGGUCAGAUGCUUCUCCAGCACUUCGGACAUACAGAGGCCGCAGACGCUUUACUGAAGGCUAUUGAGAGGAUAUUGGAGCGUUCUGAAGCCUCGGUUUUGACUCCUGAUAUGGGUGGCACGGGAACAACUCAGGCGUUGGGAGAGGCAAUUGAGCGUGAAAUUUUGAGCUUGGCGGGGAAUUAA